AUGGGGUCAAUAAACCAAUUUGUGGCGGCAUUGCACUGGGUGCAUUGUAAGGCCGAUUGCCAGGAUCCCACACAACAUAGCGUGGUGAGACAAUUGCUCACUGCUGCAAGACGUAUUUGUGCCCGACCAAUCAAUCGCCGCUCACCUUUCAGGUCGGUGGUGUUCAACAAGGUCGUCGCCACACUGGCUAUCCCUACCGCCCCGUUGCAGGACUGGCAAACCGCAGCGUUGUUUGUCCUCGGCUUCACUGCUCUGCUUCGCUGGGACGAUUUACAACGCCUCCCGCCUCAGGAUAUCUCCAUUUGCGGCACGCACAUGUCCCUCCACCUGUGGCAACGCAAGAACGACCAGUUGCGCCAGGGCGAUGUGGUCAUGGUGAGCCGACUGGAGCAGCAGGCUACUAAACCAUGUCCUGUGUCGGUCAUAGAGGGUUUCUUGGAGAGAGCACGGCAUGUACCCACUCAACCUCUCUUUGGCAAGGUCUCCGCAGCAACCCACCAGUCAUGUCUGCGGGAAAAGAUGACAUACGCCCGGGUGCGCGAAUUGAUUCACACAGCUCUCGCCCGCGUAGGUGAAGACCCCACAGGGUAUGGCACGCACAGUCUCCGCUCUGGGGGAGCGACGGCAGCGGCCAAUGCUGGCGUGCCAGAGCGCCUUCUUCAGCGGCAAGGGGGGUUGGAAGUCAUCCACAUGUAA